CCACGCAUUUUGGCUGAGACGUCGACCUUAGCCGUCCCAACCUUUCCCUUUGUCCUCGUUUCUCUCCUAUUUAAGAACUGCUGAUCAAUCAGCUUCUCCUCAAUCAUCGCUCAGGAUAACGCAAAUGGGCAGCGUCGACGCGGAGAGGAAGACCACUGGCUGGGCUGCCAGAGACCCUUCUGGGACUCUCGCGCCUUACACUUACGAUCUCAGGAGCACAGGACCUGAAGAUGCUUACAUCCGGGUGCUCUGCUGUGGGAUUUGCCACUCUGAUCUUCACCAGAUCAAGAAUGACCUCGGCAUGUCUCACUACCCCAUGGUCCCUGGCCACGAGGUUGUAGGGGAGGUGCUGGAGGUGGGAUCGGAGGUGACUGGCCUGAGAGUCGGGGACCGGGUCGGAGUCGGAGUGAUCGUGGGGUGCUGCCGGAGCUGCACGCCAUGCAAAUCUGACAUCGAGCAAUACUGCAGCAAGAAGAUCUGGUCGUACAAUGAUGUUUACACUGAUGGGAAGCCGACCCACGGUGGCUUCGCCGGCGAGAUGGUCGUUGAUCAGAAGUUCCUGGUGAAAAUACCAGACGGGAUGUCGUCGGAGCAGGCGGCGCCGCUGCUAUGCGCAGGGGUCACGGUGUACAGUCCGCUGAACCACUUCGGGCUGAAGCAGAGCGGCAUGAGAGGAGGGAUACUGGGGCUGGGUGGGGUCGGGCACAUGGGGGUGAAGAUUGCCAAGGCCAUGGGACACCACGUGACGGUGAUAAGCUCGUCCGAUCGGAAGAGAGAGGAGGCGUUGGAACACCUCGGCGCCGAUGCGUACUUGGUGAGCUCGGACGAGGCCGGGAUGAAGGAGGCUGCUGAUUCGCUAGACUAUAUCAUUGACACGGUACCUGUGUUUCACCCUCUGGAGCCUUACCUCUCUCUCUUGAAGCUUGAUGGCAAGCUGAUCUUGCUUGGUGUGAUCAACACUCCUCUCCAGUUCCUCUCCCCUGUGGUCAUGAUUGGGCGGAAGGUGAUCACGGGGAGCUUCAUAGGGAGCAUGAAGGAGACCAAGGAGAUGCUCGAUUUCUGCGAGGAAAAGGGUAUAAACUGCCAGAUCGAAGUGAUCGGGAUAGAUUACAUCAACACCGCAUUCGAGAGGCUCGAGAAGAACGACGUGAGGUACAGGUUCAUCGUGGAUGUCGCCGGAAGCAAGCUCGAUCGGGCGUGAUGAGAGCAAAGUUCAAACAAAAGCCGAAAGGAACAUCCGGAAAAGACACCAUCUCUUAUCUUAAUCUCAGUCAUAUAGCAAGGAGCGGGAUUUCUGAACAAUCUGAAACAGGGGGCCAACAAGACACGUGUCAAUUUAAUAAUAGCGUUUUAUUGCUG